GCCUGUUUGGGGUGAAUAGCACGUCUUUUCGCUGGUCCUAAUUCGCUCACUGUUUUUUAAUCGUCGGCGUCCUCCUCUUCCGAGCGCUCCUUGUUCUAUGCCCAAAGUUCGUAAAAGGAAGACCCCGAUAACAAGUUCAAAGUCCUCAACUACAUCUAGUACACCUGAAAGCAGCCGCGUGGUCAUACGGAGAUUUCAUACUUUACUGAAACGACAAUCCCAACUCCGAAACAAACUCAUCGGAAUCGACAACGAAAAUGCAAACGCGAACACCGUCCAGGAGCUAGCUGAGAUUCAGAAUGAGAUCGAUGAAAUGGGGGGUCUCAAUAGCUAUCAAAGAAUGUCUACUAUCGGUCAAGGCAGCGAUCGCGGAGGAGGGAGUGAAAGAGUGCUGAUUCAAUGGUUGAAGGCCGCUGGGCUGCACAAGUCGGAGAAAAAAUUCAAAUUAUUGGAAGUAGGCGCAUUGAAACCCGACAACUAUCACUCAUGUAGCUCUUGGAUUGAAACGGCACCGAUAGAUCUGAAUUCCCGUCAUCCCUCAAUUCUAGAGCAAGAUUUUCUACUUAUGGAUGAAAUAGAAAAUGCAGGGAAGUGGGAUAUCCUCAGUUUAAGUCUUGUUUUGAAUUUUGUGCCAGACGUAUUCGAUAGAGGUGAGUUUCGUGCUGAAUUUACUUGUCAUUGGAUUUAUGUUGACAGGAAGCAUUCCAUGGCCAAUCAGGGAAAAUGCUACAUCUUGCGCAUAACAUGGUUGUCCCCGGUGGUUUCCUCUUUGUCGCACUACCCCUUCCAUGUAUCACGAACUCCCGAUAUAUGGAUUUCGACCACUUUAGAGCCCUCAUGACCUUCAUCGGCUUUGAGGAAGUUCACAACAAGUGGAAAGCCGGUGGAAAGAUGGUUUACUGGCUCUUUCGAAAAUCUGCUCACUCACAAAAUGGAUGCAAUGUUCCAGAACGGUUCAAGAAGAAAACGGUUUUGAGAACCGGCAACAGAAAUAAUUUUGCCAUCCUCCUCUGAACGUUCAAAUGUUCAUCCUUUCGCUCAUGCCCAUAGCAUCCGAGUCAUUGUAUAACGCGAGAGUAGUGUGCGGGUGCGAGCUUAACCACCGGAUCCUAGAAUGUAAACCCCCAGU